CGAGAGUGGGGGUGGGAGGUGGCUGCUCGUGGUUUUUCAGCACCGCGGACAGCUCCCGUCUCUUGUCUCUGGACUUCAGGGAAGCGAAGCUGAAACACAGCUGAUAGGGGGAAAAACGACUUCCAACUAUCCAUAGAUUGACCUCUAGUUCACUCCACCAUCGCACAGCGUCUUAUUUGUUCUCCUUCUUCUUCUCCUGAUGGCUGAGUUGUCUCUUUUUCCGGACUGACUGUGGAGUCUAACCGCUUUUAACUGCAUUGCCUCUGCGUCUUCAGCCUGGUUCCCCCUCCUUCUUCUCUUCCUGUUACGGGCAACCACAGUGCUGUGAAAGUGCUUUUUUUGCGGAGGGGGGGGGGUGGGGGGUGGGGGGGAGGGGCAGGAGAGUGGGUCGACCUGCUCGAAGUCCUUUUGAUCAGUCUACUUCUGUGUGAAUAUCGCUCUUCGGCUCCCUGACGUUGACGUGUGGGGUUUCUCUCCAUGCCAUGGAGUGGACAUUACUUUAGGAUGCAAAAUGAAGAUGAAGUUGAGUAGUCUCACUUCCGUCGGUGCAUGCUCAGACAUGAGAUAGGCGACCUGGCGUCUGCAACAUUGGCUGUAAUCCUCAGAUCACAGUGGCUCAGACGCAUUCAUUUGUUAUUUAUUUAUUUUGCUCGCAGGCCAACAGCCAGCGAGCAAAAUGAGGUACCUCUAUGACUUGUUAAGUUGCACGUAAGAGGGAGAAACAGAGAGUGGAUCUUUCUGCUGCAGGAAGCGACGUUUUCUUUCUCCAGCUGUCCAAACCAGCUGAGAUCUUGCAUCUGAGAGGAGACAGGGAACUCUGGGAAAAAAAAGAAAAGAACAACGGUGAAGCCUAUUUUGUCUCUACCAUCAAUAUACAAAAGCACGGUAGAAAAUGAAGAAGUUUCGAAAGGUGUUGGACGGCUUGACCACCUCCUCUCCAGGGGGAAGUAUCGGAUCCCCAUCGGGGGGCAGCGCGGCCGGGACUCCCACCGCGACCCCAACUCCCAAGGAAAUCGACAUCCAGGAGACGCUUGUUUCGGAAAACUUUCAGCUGUGUAAGACGGGGCGUCAUGGUUUCCCCCACCAUCUUUUUGGGCCUUUUACCCCGGCAGAAAAUCCUGCCAUUGGUCAAGGGCAGGAGGUUACGUUCAUGGGGGCUCGGCUGUCAACUAGGUCAGAAAGGCCAUCCCCCAAACCAUCCCUGAGUCACCCGGUCACAGGGAUGGGAGAAGAUGUGUCAGUGGAACCCAGGUAG